AUGCCGCAACAGACAGACCCGAAGGCUCUACUUUCAACACGUGCGCAGAACGAAGCCGCGCCGAAGCUCAACACCUUGCUAUGGAAGAUUCUCAGCGAUCAAUGGCACCCGCAGGACAACUCUGGCGGCUACGUGAGCAUUGGUGUGGCCGAGAACCGUUUGAUGCACUCUGAGCUUGAGCAACACAUUACGCGCAAUAUUAACGUCAAGGACUGUGCCUUCACAUAUGGAGAUGGCCCGAAAGGCAGCCACAGACUCCGAGCUGCGCUCGCUAGGUUUCUAGGCGUCCACUUCAAGCCUCGCAUUCCAUUAGAAUCGAAACACAUAAUAGUGACCAAUGGUGUCACGAGUGCGAUCGAGCAUAUGUCGUGGGCGUGCACAAACCCAGGAGACGCAUUCAUCAUCGGUCAACCUUACUACGGAGCCUUCCCCGGAGACAUUUGUCUACGACCUGAAGUUGAAUUAGUCACCGUCAAGUUUGGCGAUAUCGAUCCAAUGAGCAUCGAGGCUGUCAAAGAUUACGAGAAGGGUAUUCUUGAUGCCAGAAAGCGGGGAAUCAAGGUGAAAGGUAUGAUGCUCUGCAACCCCCAUAAUCCUUUGGGGCGUUGCUACGAUCGCGAGGUGCUCAUUGAGUACCUCAAGCUCUGCGAGAAAUACCAGCUGCAUCUAGUCAGUGACGAGAUCUACGGUCUCACCGUUUGGAUCAACAAGGAGGACCACUACCCUCUGCAACGACCCUUCAACUCAAUAAUGUCAAUCAACUUGGAGGGCCUGAUCAACCCAUCCCUGGUACACGUUCUGUGGGGCACGUCGAAAGACUUUGGAGCAAACGGUCUGCGGCUUGGAUGCCUCAUCAGUCAGUCAAACCCGGCGCUCCAUGAAGCCCUGACCUCGGUCGCUCUAAUGUCGUCUGUCUCGUCGAUAGCUGACCACGUCGUGGCGAACUUACUUGAAGACGAUGGCUUCGCAAACAAUUAUAUUGCUACCAACCAACAAAGACUGUCACAGUCCUACAGCCACGUCAUCGAUUUCUUGCGUGGUCAUGAUCUUGAAUACACUCCUGGAUCAAACGCAGGCUUCUUCGUAUGGGUCAAUCUCGGAGCCGCAUACCUCCAGAAACAUCCGGACAGGCGAGGAAAGCGAGACCUGACUGAAGAAGUAAUGGAUGCCUUACUUGAGCAGAAGUUGUAUCUGGCCAGUGGGAUCUUGUUCGGAAGCGAAACACCAGGAAUCUUUAGAAUAGUGUUCUCUCACCCAUCAGACUACAUUGGAGAGGCGCUCGAGAGGAUGUGGAGAGCGAUCGAAGUUGGCUGCGCUGGCCUAGAGAAGGCCAAGCUAUAA